GCCUUUUUGUACUUUAGUGGUGUCUCAUAUGGAAAAACAAGUAUUACGUAGUUGCAUGUCCAUGUAGGGUGGGUAGGUGAGCAAGUCAUUCCAUUUGAAAUGCUUAAUUUGGGUAUUGGCGUUCCUCCUCUUAUGCCAACAAAGUUACCACCCAGCGCCAGCACAUUGUAAAAGAUUAAUAACAAGAUUGUUAGUAUGUCCCUUUCCCUGCAAUUUACAAUUUGCAAUUUGCGGUGCAGGCAGUUUUCUUGAAAUAAAAAACUAGUGUACCUGUCAUUACAAUAGUAAACUCAGCCAUUAAUAAGUAUUACAACUUGGUUUUUACUUUGAGAUAGAAGAUAGAUAGAUAGAUAGAAAUUCCCUCCCUUCAAAUCCAAAAAGCAUAUUCUUUACAAUUCCUAGGAUUUAUUUGCCUUCUUUUUGUCUAAUUCUUUGUUUGAUUUCGUCCCUUCCAGCAAAGCAAUCCUCCAUGUCCCAGGAAUAUCCCACUACUUCCCCACACCCCACCACUGUUUUUCUUUCUUGUAUAUAUAUAUAUAUAUAUAUAUAUAUAUAUCCAGCACUCUGUGUAAUAUAUUUGUGUAUGAAUGAAUGAGCAUACCAGUACCACAUGAUCUCUUAAAGUCAAUCUUAAGAUUAGAUUAGAUUCCAAAAGCAAAUUCUUCUUCUUACCUUUUCUCUAUAAUUUUUAUUCCUUCCUAAUUCCCCUAUUUUUUUCAAACACAUACAAACAGCGAAAUUAAUAUCGGAAUUGAAGAUCGGAGAAGAUAUGAAGUUCGGCAAAGAAUUUUAUAUGCACUUAGCAAAAACCAUACCGGAGUGGAGGGACAAGUAUUUGUGCUACAAGCCCUUGAAGAAGCUGCUCAAGAAUCUUCCUCCUGCCCCGCCCUUGCCCUUGCCCUUGCUUCGUCAAUGGUUUUUGACCAUUCUGUACGAGGAGCUUGAAAAGUUCAACGAUUUCUACGUCGAGAAGGAGGAGGAGUUGAUCAUCCGCUUCGAGAAACUAAAGAGAAGAAUUGAGCAAGUGAAGGAGAGGGGAAACUACAAUGGAGUGUUUACCUCAGAGACUGAAUUUAGUGAAGAUAUGACGGAUAUACGUAAGGGGUUUGUUGCCAUCCACGGAGAGAUGAUUCUUCUCCAAAACUACAGCUCCCUUAACUUUGCAGGUCUCGUUAAGAUUGUGAAGAAAUAUGAUAAACGAACUGGGGAGUCGUUGAGUCUACCUUUCUCUCUGCUUGCCUCUAACCAGCCCUUCUUAAUAACUGAACCUCUAUCAAGAUUAGUUUAUGAGUGCGAGGCGAAUCGCGAGAUCCUCUUUCCACCGAAAGCAGAGGUUGUAGAAUCAACUGCUGUUACAGGGAAGAUAAAACAUGCUGAUAUAUCAAAUGUUUCCUUGAUCGGUGAAGAAACUGCAGUUAUAUACCAGAGCACCCUUGCUGCAUUAACUGCCAUACAGGGCCUCAAAAAGCCGAGUUCCACCUAUAAUCCUUUAUCCAUGUCAUAUAUCUUUGGAAGUGAAGAUGAUGAGGGCACCGGGGCUGUAACUGCAGAAAACUCACCUCGUCACUCUUGGUGACUGCGCAUGAGGUAGAGAUAUCUGUUCCGCCAAACAAGACUUUUACCCUCUUGUGUUUGUGAUUGGUCAUUCCUCUCGAAUUUACUGUACUGUUUGCAUAUUACGCAGCCAAAUUCUACAAAUAUGUAUAAAUAUGCUGUGCGCAAUAAGCUGCCAAUAAUGUACCAUUGUUGACAAAUUUGGAUUCUAUUUCUAUUGCGAGUGGACUUGCGUGGUCUCAAGGGCAAAUUCGCAAGACCAUACACAAGGCCAAUAUGUCUAUACAUUUUUAUUGGCAGAUUCUCAAAAUAAAGGAAUAAAAAUACCACCCACAUAUUAAGGUUA